GGGUUUGACCAAGCAACAACAGUCGGCGAAAGAAACCGCUACAACUUCAGGAAAGAGUGCAACGUCGGUCAGCCCGAGAUUACAACAGAAGAUGCCUGAGUUAGAGAGGCGGUCACGGCCGCCCACUCCGCCAGCGGAUUCCGGUAAAUUGAGAAAACAGUCAGCCAAACAGAGUUCGGAGUCAAGUUCCCCUGGUGGACGACGAAGGUCAAAGUAUUCGAACAUUCAGCAACAUGAUGGUCAACUUCAUGAGGUCAAUGGCGAGUCAAAGAAAUCGAGUUACAAAGAAACUCAAGUGUCUCAUGAAGGGGUCACCACUCCUGAAUCUUCUAAAGAAAUUGAUAACAGACAGAGUCCUAGCUCAAUACAAGAGAAAUCAACCUUGCUUCUGAGGGAGGAUGAAUCAGUUGACCCGGAGUACCCAAGUCCCGUUUCCGUUCUCGAUGAGUUUAUAUAGAUGAUUCGCCUUCAUCUGUGAAACAUAUGUUGAAGACGCUCAAAGGU